UUUGUAAUUGCCGAAACUGGUAUUUAGGGGGUUAGGGUGUUGACGGCCAAUCAGCAACACCCGAAAAGAAACCCUCGUUUUGCAGAGGUUCCCCGAACUCGCGACCUCAGCCUUCACAACUCAGACCUUCACACCUUUGCCUGUCCAAGAUCAGCUUUCUACUCAAGAUGAUAAGGCUCCCAUCAUUCGCUGCUUCGCGCUCGCUCGUCCCGCUGCGACCGAGCCAGCAGGCUCUCGUGCGUACUUUCUCGGCCUCGACAUCGGCGUCGAAGCCAGACAAGCAGGUCGUCGUGUCCAAGUCGGCGCUGCCCAAAGACUACCCCUUGCCUUCGGAGCGCAAGCCUCAGAACGUGAUCGACUAUGCUAUGACUACGCUUGAUGCUAUUGCGAAUUGGGCUCGUCAGGGCUCGUUCUGGCCCAUGACCUUCGGUCUGGCGUGCUGUGCAGUCGAGAUGAUGCAUUUGUCCGGUCCCAGAUACGAUCAGGAUCGUGUGGGAAUUAUUUUCCGUGCCUCGCCGCGUCAGUCCGAUAUUAUGAUUGUCGCCGGAACCCUCACAAACAAGAUGGCUCCCGCUUUGAGACAGGUUUACGACCAGAUGCCUGAGCCCCGAUGGGUGCUGUCUAUGGGCUCCUGUGCCAACGGUGGUGGCUACUACCACUACUCUUACUCUGUCGUCCGUGGUUGCGACCGAAUCGUUCCUGUCGACGUCUACGUUCCCGGAUGCCCGCCUACCUCGGAAGCUCUCAUGUACGGAAUUCUGCAGUUGCAGAAGAAGAUGAGACUCCAGAAGAUCACUAGACUCUGGUACCGAAGCCGGUAAAUGUUGGUUGAGUUCGAUAUGUCAAAGGAUGCAAGAUUACACGUUCGCAAGAGAGUGGGCGUGGGAAAAGUCUGUUGUGUGUUCAUGACGGCUGCCUGGCAUUGGUUUUAGAGCAUGCAGUGCGGACUUUGUUUUGUAGCGUGGCGGUGUGAAUUGCGGCAAAGCGAUUUCGCACAUGGAGAAAACGGGAUUCAGAUCAGGCAGUGUUUGACUUUUUUUGCUAGAGUCGAGAUUGUGUUUUGUGGAUUUCCCGUUUUGUUCAUUUGAAUGAUGUUGUUUUUUUGGCGGGGUGUCGGGUCAAUUGUACUGGUUUUUUUCUUUUUUACACAUGUUCAUUAUCUACACAUUUUUUCAAUCUAAUUUAUUUGCAUAUGAAAUACAAAAGGGAGAGUUGAUGAAACGUCAAUUAUCGCACGGA